AUGAGGACUAAAGAGCUGAAACGUGAGUUCGAUCUGGUCAACAUUCACCUCUUCCACGAUGUCAGCAACGUCGAGGCCUGGAAGCAGAGCCCUUCGCCCUACUGCGAGAACCGGAGGAAGGCCCUGAACUUUGUCUUAGAAAGGGUCACGGACCAGCGACACGAGAAGGUGCCGUAUUUCUUCUUCGGCGACUUCAACUUCAGUUUUCUGAGAAAGCUCCUUGGACUAAAUUUUGCUCUCGGAUUGUUUUGCAGGGUCACGGACCAGCGACACGAGAAGGUGCCGUAUUUCUUCUUCGGCGACUUCAACUUCAGGUUGGACUCCAGGCAAUUAUUUGAGAAUCUGAUCCCUGGUGCCGUCCCAGAGUCACUGGAGUCUCAAGGGGAGAGGAUAAUAUUCAGAGAAACGGGUAAUGAUCGAAAGAUUCUUCUUCAAGUUGAAAAGAAGCUUUUUAAUUAUGACGACCAGAAGGUUUUCCUGGAGAACAACGGGAGCGCAGUUUUAGAGUUUGACAAAGAGGCGCUGCAUUUUGAGGAUCGGCUGUGCGAGCGCGACAUCUCUUUCCCGCCCAGUUAUCCGUACAGCGAGGACAGCCACAACCCGAAGCAGUACAUGAACACCAGAGUCCCCGCCUGGUGCGACCGCAUCUUCAUGUCACCCAGUGCUAAAGAAAUGCUGGAAAAGUCAGCAAGCGAGGACAAGUCAAUAGUUUAUGACAACAUUGGGACAAAUGUCUGCAUGGGGGACCACAAGCCCGUCUUCCUGUCCUUCCAGUUAUGCGAGGGGGCAGGUAAACGUAAUGCAAUUGAACACAAGUGUCCGUGUUGUGUGGUGCUGUGAUUCUGUGGUAAAUAUCAUUUUUGUUUAUUUUCCUCAUUAACAUUCUUCCCAUUGUUGCAACUGUUUGCUUUUUGAUCCGCUCGCUUUCCUCGUUACCGCGGCAUGAAAGCGUUUCCCGUCCGGAGAGUUUUAUCCAGAGAUAAAACCUCGUCAGGGGAAAGAUUUCACACAACUGCUGAGGGGCUUAAAAUGCCGCGGUCAUUUUAAGACUGUUACUUACAAGCUAGGCCUUACAUUUUUUUUUUAUUAUUUUAUUUUAAACUGAGAGAAAGAGAAAGAGAGAGAGAGAGAAUGUCCUGUAGGCGAUAAAGUGCAAAAGUACUACUUGGACCCUUUCCCAUUUUGUCACCUUAACAACCACAAACUUGAGUUUGUGAAGCUGGAUGAAGCUAAACUCAAGGCAGCACUGGAAGAAAACACGUUAGACGCUGCAGAUCGCCCGAGACUAGAGCGGAGGUUGGCUUUCCGGCAGGACGACCGCCCUGAAUACUCAGCCAGAGCUACAGCUCGCUCAAGUUAGGGUGGCCUAGUCAAAGCCCAGACCUACACACUUACAGAUGCUCUCCAUCCGAUUCGAGGUUUGUGGUGGUGACGGGACAAAAUGUGUAAAACAAACAAAAAAAAAAAAGUUCCAAGAGUCGUGAAUACUUUUGCAAAGCGCCGUAGUUUCUGUACUUCUAACCCUUCAUGAGACGAAUGUUUAAUUUUUAUUUUCUUCUUUCCCCUCCCUGCAGGGAAUUCAUGCCAAAGGGGGGUAGAAGAUGUCCACGAAGAGCCUCUGUGAAAACAUUGGUGGUUGGGGGGGGGUGGGACACACACACACACACACACACACACACAUGCACAAACACACACACACAGUUUGCACAAGCACACACUGACGAUCCCAGACAAGCUUCUUUUAUUUUCAGCGGCGCUGGGUUUUUCGGGGGGUUUUCUCUCCAUAAAACACUCGUGGAGAUGCGGACGAGGGCCCCGGCUCCGCGCAGAGAGACGCACAUUGCUGACCUCACCGUUGCCACGCAACCCCAUUCCUCAGAAGAAGAAGAAGAAGAAGAAGAAGAGAGAGAGAAAGAAAGACAAUCAAGGCGAUGAAUAAACCACCCUUCUUCCAUGCCACAGUCUCAUUUCCAAAACUCUAAUCCAAAUCAGUCAUACUACAUGCUUUUAGACACCAUUUACUGGCCAUUUUUUUAGGUAUGCUUAUAUGUAUAAAAGCUACUUUCCGGAUAUGUAAGGUGUUUUAAAAACAAACAAACAAACAAAACGAAACAAAAAAAAAAAAGCGGAAAAGAAAAAAAAAAAAGUGCAAUGCAAAAAAUGUUGUAUAUCUAUAUUGUUAGGUUUAUUUGUACAUUUGACAGUAUAACAUAGAGCCUUGGGCGGCUUUAGUGCACUUCUCUCUGACCAAACUUUACGGUCCCUGUUGGAACAAGUAGGACUUCCGAGCUUAGUUUAUUAUGAAACUAUAUGAAACUAUAUAUAUAUAUAUAUAUAUAUACUUUUCAUCCUGUUGCCUGACACGUCGGUGGACUUUUUUUUUUUUUUUCGUUUUAUAUGCUGUACUUUUUAAAAGAGAUAACUUAUGAUUCGUACCAAAACGAUUUGUGCCGACGCUGAGUGAGCGCUAGCGCCACGGAGAGCAGCGGAGGAGUUCAGGAAGAGCGCGGCGGAGAACCUCUUCAGUGAUUUAUCGCCUAUCCAAGAAUGUUUUACGCAGUGCCAUAGACCAUGCGAGUAUAUAUAUAUAUAUAUAUCUAUAUCUCUAUAGAUAUAGAUAUAGAUACAUAUAUAUAUAUAUAUAUAUAUAAAAUAUAUAUAUAUAUAAGAUGAUGUUUGAUAUAAAUAGCACCCUCACAUUGUCAUCAUUAUUCCUACUCUAACUUAUUUCUAUAAUAUUAUGGUUCUGAAUGUGAUAUUUUAGGUAGGUUUGGGUGUCCUUUUAAAAUGUAAACUGUUUUCCUUCGUCUUUGAUUUCUUUUUGUUUUGUUUUUUUUUGUUUUAUUGUUACUGCGUUAUGGUGCCAAGUAUCCUACACAGACAUGGAAGUGUGUAAGAGUUGAGAAAUGUCGUCUGUAAAGGUGUUUGAUUUCCGAAUGUAAGACUCUAAGCCCUAAAGAAGAAGAAGAAGAAGAGCGGGGAGCUUUGCUUCUCCUUCCGGCGGCGCAGAGAGCCCUCAGGCAGAGCAUUAAAGGGGCGGCGGACCGCAGAGACGGCAGCGUUAGUUUCUUAUAUUAUUUUAUUUUAAUUUUUUUCAUGCGCCACACUACAGGUUUCGGACUGUUUGAAGCCGUCAGACCGAUUCUUUGUGAUUUCUUCAUUUGUUUCAUCUAAAUGAAUCACAGCAAGUGGAAAUAAUUUUUUGUGCCUGCUGGAGGGUUUGUCAUCUUUUGUUUGUUCUAGUUUGUAGGCAAAAAGCUUUUUUUUUUUUUUUUUUUGCUUUUUUUUUUGUUCCUGCUGGUCCUUCUGAGUAUGCUGUAGGAGUUUAAGCCACGGUUGUUGUUUUUUUUUGUUUUUUGUUUUGUUUGUUUUUUUUCUUCACUCCAUCUUAUAAAAGCAGACAGAGAUUUUAUUCUAGCCCCUUCUCGAAGGCCUGGCCUCUAUUGUUGGUGAUGCAGUUCUUAAGCAAUAAAAACCAUUAGAGCUCAA